AUGAAGCUCAUCGUUGCUGGUGCAACUGGUCUCCUGGGCACCGAGAUCAUUCGACAGACCCUGCGCAUACCCGAGAUCACGGAGGUCGUUGCAUUGGCCCGCAAACCUGUUCAUCUUGAUGAAGGCUCAGACAUUUCGAAGAUCAAAAGUGUCAUCAUUCGCGACUAUGGAGAGUACUCUGAUGAUGUGAAGGCCGAGUUCGCCGGUGCCGAUGCCUGUAUUUGGACCGUCGCUAUCACACCUUUCCGUAUCAAGAAUUUCGACUUCGCGGAAGUCAAACGCGUUUGUCAGGACUGCACGAAGAUCGGGUUCGAGGCUAUAUACCAGGCUGGACCUGCGCGUCCUUUCCGUUUUGUCUAUCUCAGCGCAGAUGGUACACCAAGGGAUCCGACGAAGAAGCCCGCUAUCUGGGGCGACUACCAAGUCAUGCGGUGCAAUACCGAACUGAUGGUCCUCAAGUUUCCCACAGAGCACGAGGGAGUGGACGUCUGUAUCGCUCAGCCUGGGGUCAUCGCAAACUCAAAUACCUGGUCGAGAGCCUUAGUGGCAAAUAUCUUCCGCGUCGUUAAUCUCGUGGGCCGACCCUUCCCGAAUGUUCACCGGAGUGAGCUUGCGGCGGCUGUGCUGAGCCAGGCUGUCAACGGAAUCGAGAAAGAGACACUUUUGAACGCUGAUCUUGUCCGUAUUGGCGUGAAAUCAUUGAAGUCCCAGAAAACCAUUCAGACCUCGUGA